AUGAACGCUGUUUUUGGAAAGCUGGUUCUUGAUCGCAUCAUUGCAAAGCUUGUGGAGGGGAGGGCGCGAGAUAAACAGUGGAGACCCCACAUUAAAGAAGAAACUAUUCGCUUGCUGAUUAUUAAAACGAAAGAAAUUUUACUGUCGGAACCUUCAUUAUUACGAAUUGAAGCUCCCGUUGUAAUUGUUGGCGACGUGCAUGGCCAAUUCCUUGAUUUGCUAGAAAUUCUCCAUGUUGGUGGCGACCCAUCCAAAAGUCGCUAUCUCUUCUUAGGAGAUUAUGUAGAUAGAUCCGAUCGCGGAAUUCAAAUUUUGUGCUUGCUUAUGGCUUACAAAUUAAAAUAUCCUCGUAAUGUGUAUCUAUUGCGUGGAAAUCACGAGUCAUCGGAGAUGAACGAGGAUGGAGGCUUUAAAGACGAGUGUAUUAAGUUCUACUCGGAGAGUCUCUACCGUGAUUUCCAAAUGCUGUUUAACUGUCUCCCUCCUGCCGCCAUUGUAUCAAAUAAAAUAUUUUGCGUCCACGGCGGCCUCUCUCCGGACAUGACCUCGAUGCAGGCCAUUCGCGACAUUAAACGUCCCUGUACGAUCCCAGCAGAUGGCCUGCUCUGUGAUAUGCUCUGGUCGGACCCCUGCGCGGACAUCCAAGGCUACGUUCCAUCCCCGCGGGACUGCUCGUAUCUAUUCGGCGCGGACAUCGUGGAGGAGUUCAUGAAGCGAUUCGACUUCGAUCUGAUCGUUCGAGGCCACGAGUGUUGCGAUGGGUACUGCUUCGCGUUCAAUCGAAGACUGGUGACGGUAUUCUCCGCUCCGAAUUAUUGCGGGUGUGAGAAGAACGCUGCGGGCGUGAUGUUCGUGGACGAGAAAUUGUCGGUGCGGUUUGUGUUGAUUCGCGAGACGAAGCCGCUGCGACGCGGAUCCAUCGUGAAUCCGGAUACAUUAGCCAUUAUCAAUUGA